GUGAUGAUGAUAAUGCCUCUGUAGAUGACGAAAUACAGAAUGUGGCUGUAUUGCCUGAGCAUGAAGUAGGCAUAUUUAAAGAAGAAGUGAUGGAGCAAGAUGAAAGUAGGUCAGCAUCACCAGCUCUGAGCGACCGCUCUGUGCAAAGUCCUGUGAGAUCCCUAUCUCCCGAUCACAAUUCAGGAGGAAGCAGGGCAUCAUCUCCUGGUCAGAGAAGUCAUCCAACAUCCAGAGAGAGUAGUCCAGCCAGAUCACCUGCAGGGAGUGGACCUCAUUCACCUGCUGAAGAUGGACCAGCCUCUCCAUUGGAGGAGGCACCACAGUCACCUAUGGAAGAUGAUGAACCACAGUCUCCAGCUAGAUCCGGUCCUGCUUCUCCCCCCGGCUCUCCAGACAGAAGUCCAGAAGCUGAAGCAAGUGGGGGCUCACAUCAUGAGGAAGAGCAGCAGGAAAAUGCUUCUGGUGGCGAGGGUUCUCCAGCUGGUAGCGUUCGAAGCAGAUCUCGCUCAGGAAGCUCGAACAGGAGUGGCCCAGCUUCACCUGCAGCUUCUCGUUCACGGUCAAGAUCGGCAUCACCAGGACAGAGGUCACGAUCGGGUUCACCGGCUCAGAGGUCAAGAUCGGGGUCACCAGUUCAGAGGUCAAGAUCAGGUUCACCGGUUCAGAGGUCAAGAUCAGGUUCACCAGUGCAGAGGUCAAGAUCAGGUUCACCAGUGCAGAGGUCAAGAUCGGGUUCACCAGUGCAGAGGUCAAGAUCAGGUUCACCAGCUCAUUCUGAACCUCGAUCAAGGUCUGGGAGUCCUGCUCGGUCUCGCUCAGGUAGUCCUAUGUCACCUCCAGUGAGUCCAGUCGGUAGUCAACCACGCAGUGCUUCUGCAUCACCAGCCAGAUCUAGAUCAAGAUCACAGUCAGGUUCCCGUCAAGGAUCUAGGUCAAGAAGUAGGUCAGGUUCAAGACAGAAGUCAAAAUCAAGAAGUAGGUCAGGUUCCAAACGGGGGUCAAGAUCAAGAAGCGGUUCAGGUUCCAGACAGGGGUCAAGGAGCAGGUCAGGUUCAAGGCAAAGGUCUGGAUCAAGGAGCAGGUCAGGGUCAAGGCAAGGCUCAAGGAGUAGGUCAGGGUCACGGCAGCGGUCAGGGUCAAGGAGCAGGUCAGGAUCUAGGCAACGGUCUGGGUCAAGGAGCAGGUCAGGUUCUCGGCAGAGAUCAAGGUCAAGAAGUCAGUCUGGUUCAAGAGGGUCACGAAGUCGAUCCAGAUCGGUAUCGCCAGGGUCAUCAAGGCAAGUCUCUGACAAAGAAAAUGACAGUGAUGAUGAAGGCAAGAAGAGAUCCAGAAGAAGAUUAACAUCAGAUGAUGAAGACAGGCAAGGAGGCGGGAGUGAGGAUGAAGGUGAAAAAGAGAAAGAUGAGCUGAUUGCUGAUAUCUUUGGAUCCAGCGAUGAAGACGAGGAGUUUGAGGGUUUCGAUGCUAGCGAUGUACCAAAGAAGGAUAAGAAAAAGAAAGCAGCAAUUCAGUCAGAUGAUGAGAAUGAAAAAGAAACAUCAGGUGUCCCGUAUAAUGCUGAAGAGGGUGCAGCUGGAGAUGAUUCUAAUGAUGAGAACAUGACUGACGUACGCAGGGAUGGAGAAGGAAUGUUCAUAUCAGAUUUUGAUUUGAUGAUGCAAAAGAAGAAGGAAGAAAUGCAGCGGCAACGAAGGAAACGCAAAGACGUUGAUCUGAUCAAUGACAAUGACGACCUAAUAGCCGACCUCAUUGUCAGAAUGAAAGAGGCUGCUAAUCAAGACCGAGAGCUAAAUCAAAGCAAAUCUGCUGCCAUAAAAAAGAUCAAAAUGCUGCCUUACGUAAAUAAUCAGCUGAAAAAAUCUGAUCUGCAUGGUAUCUUUUUGGAGUCCGGCAUUCUUAGUGCCAUGACAGAGUGGUUGGCUCCUCUCCCAGAUAAAAGUUUACCACACCUGAACAUUCGUGAGAGCUUUCUACGCAUCCUACAACAGUUCCCAUCCAUCCAUGCAGACAUGCUCAAGUCCAGUGGAAUAGGCAAAGCCGUCAUGUAUUUGUAUAAACACCCAAAGGAAAUCAAAGAAAACAAAAUAAUUGCGGGAAAGCUAAUCAAUGAGUGGUCACGACCCAUCUUUAAUUUGACUUCCAACUACAAAAAUCUGUCCAGAGAGGAGAGAGAACAAAGGGAUUAUGAGCAGUUGCCCAAGAAAAGGAGAGUCAGCUUGGAAGGUACACAGACACCCAAAAGGGGGACAUUGACAAGGAAAUGGCAGGAGAAAAACGGGCUCAGAGACCGGGUGACCCAGGCUGGGUGUACAGAGCGCGUGUCCCAAUGCCAUCAGUCAAAGACUACGUGGUCAGACCUAAAACAAGCCAGGAGUAUCAGCCCCCAACAAAAAGUUCCUCUAAAAAGGCAGUUGGGCGAUAUGAAAAACACAAGCGAGCAUUUUUGGAGAAGAAAAAGUACGGCAGAACAGCCAAGGCGGUGGCCAUCAGCAUAG